CACAGACUGGGUCAUUGCCCCAAGCGCAAAGAUGAAACCUCCUGAAAUGAAUUUACAAUAAAAAUGCCCUCAUUGUCAUUGUCAUUCAGCUGAGCCUCCAUUCCUCGCUAGCAAAGUAGUAGUAUUAGAUUUAGAGCAGAAACAAAAGAGAGCAAGGAAGGACGUUCCACAUUCAAGCUAUUAUGCGCUGGAGUUGGUUCACCGAUCAUUUCUUUAAUAAAAGAAAGCAAAGAGAGAGAGCGUUUUAUGAGAAUGGAAGCCUGUUACUUGAGAAGUUGAUUGCCUCUUGCAAUGCCAAGCCUAUUCCCAUCCCUACCUUCUCCGCUCAACAGCUCUGCCAAGCAACCAACAACUUUUCUUCUGAAAAGCUAGUAAUGGGGUUCUCUUUUUGGUACAAGGGUUCUCUCGAAGGACGAAUUGUUCUCGUUAAGGGUUCUUUUGUUCGCAAUGCCAAGCUUAUUCCCAUCUAUACCAUCUCCCCUCAAGAACUCCGCCAAGCAACCAACAAUUAUCCUGCUCAACAUCAGGAAUUUUAUUGGUACAAAGGUUCUCUUGAAGGACGAAUUGUUCUCAUUAAGCAUUUAGAUAAUUUGGCCUAUAUAGCCAUCAAUGAUUUAGUGAUUUCUGCACAAAUGAGUGGUCACAGCAAUGUAUUAAAGCCCAUAGGUUGUUGUCUCCACACUCGAAUUCCCAUUUUGGUGUUUGAAUUUGCCGCCAAUGGUUUACUUGCAGAUCGAAUUUAUGUCUCCCGUGUUACUGAACUACAACAUGAGCCGAUGGUGUGGGAGAGAAGGUUAAAGAUUGCAAGGCAGAUUGCUCAUGCUCUUUCUUAUCUCCAUACUGCCUUCACUAGACCUGUCAUCUACAUGGCUACGGAUCUGCAUAGUAUCUUAUUAGAUGAACAUGAUGUUCCUAAAUUUUCUGGCUUUUAUUUUUCUGUAUCAAUUCCCGAAGGUGAAGCUUACGUGGAUGCUCCUUUUCUUUCAACAUUCAAAUCCCCCGAGUUUAAAACAGCAGGCAAGGUAACUGAGAAAGCCGAUGUAUAUGAUUUUGGUCGGUUUCUUCUAGAACUUUUAACUGGAGAGGAUUCUUUUAAUAUAACCCGAUUUACAAUUGAUAAAGAUUCUAGUUUAGUAGCAUACAUACAUAACCGUGCUCAAGGUAGUUGCAUAAACGAGAUUGUGGACCCUGCAAUCUUGGCUGAAGAUGGGGAAGGAUGUGCUAGUUUUGAGCAUCAAUUACAAGCGGUGGUGGACCUUGGCUUGGCAUGUACAGAGGAAGAUCCACAAAGAAGGCCAACCAUGGUUGAUGUCACCAAACAUCUCAGGCGAAUUGAGAGGUUCGUUCCAUCACUAAUUAUUUACUAA